CUAGUGUCCUGGUGGGUCAACCCGCGGAACCGUAUGUAAGGGACGCUCGGUGGGCACAGAGAAAGUGCUUGUGUGGCAUUGUGCAGGGGUCUGUGGCCCGUUGAGAGCCCUUGUCUCCCCUUCUUGUACCAUGCAACAAUCUUCGGAUUUCUCGGGUCACCAUGCCGCAUGGUCAUGUCCCUGUUGGCUCACAUCAUGCAAGGCGUGCAUGGAACACUUUCCAGCCUGCUGGUUUGGCAUGUGAUAAAUACCUCAACGUUGAUGCUUCACAUGUGUUCGAUCACAAUCCUGUCUUCACUUACUAGGGAUACCUCUCAGCAACCCCUGUUGCUCAUUCAAUGGCGUGUGCUCCACAUCAAUGAUUGAAUGCCUAUCUCGAAGUCCUUGUACCAUGCGUGGAUGAUGGGCUUGCGCUGGAGUUCCAAACCGACUGGAACAAGGAGGUGAAUGAGGGAGCAAUGUUGUAUCCCUCCAUUCACUGGGAAGGAUGAGUGCUUUGGAGGAAACUCGGCUUAUUCCUGGUCUUGAUGCCCCUCUUCCAUACACAUGGACCCGAGACAGAUACAAGCAUCGACAGAGACUUAUCGUAAAGGGCGACGUUGCAGUCCUCUCAAGUGUAAUUAACAAGGGCCUAAUUCCGCGACUUCAGGAUUGCAAUUCCCCACCCCAUUUUGAACGUCAUUGAAUCCCCUGUCAAUACCACACAUCGACCACUUGCAAGGAUGGGUAAGCUCUUCUACCGAUUCACACGUUACCUAGGAGUCUAACCCAGAAGGCGAUGACUCUAAAUCAUGCCGAUCCAAAUUGAUACAAAACAAAAUCCCGGCAACGGAGACAUCGAACGUGUUGAAGCCGAAAACGAGCAAGGAGUUUGCGGCGUGGGCAGAAUAUAUGGGCGAGGAGAAGGACGAAGCCUUUAUCAGUUGGAAGAAGAGGAUGGUGGAAAAUGAUUCUGCUCUAAAGAAGAAAUGAUCAUUUGCGGCACCGAUGCAUUUCGAAGCUGAAGGAAAAGUUCUAUCGCAAAGAGCCCCAACCAGGCAAAUUGUUGAAGCCUCUUGGAAGAGACUGGUAAUGGGAAAUACUGCAGCCUUCCGACCAUCGCACAAGCAAAGCGAUAUUUGUACAAGGCACUCCACCACUAUUUUCGCCCUCAUGACUUAUUUCUACUGACAAGGCAUUUAUCGUCUCAACUGCUCCAUCCGCCCGCGCUUUCAAAGAACUUCAACAUCUAUCUGCGAAAAUCUCGGCGUGCACCAUACGAGCGUCUUUUGACCAAAGCUCAACUUGCCGUCCAAACAUUAGGCGUUCUGGGCGUAGUACGUUUUCCUACCCAAUCUUCCGACAUGCUUCUGUCUGCCGGAAGCGGUUGCACUGGUGAUGGGCCGCGGGACUUUGCCAGGUCCGAGACUUUACACCCUUUAACCCUACUGUGCAGGGUCAUCCAGAAACAAACCCACAAACCAACGUGGCGAGAGGAAUUCAUCAUCACCACAUAAAAUGAUAGGUCGAUGCAUCAACUACCUACACAAACAGCGUUCUCGAUUCCUCCACUCCCCACACUUUUGCCCCGGGAUUGGGUGUAUGACCACUCAUUCGGCCCGCGGAUCGAAACUGGAGCCUUGAGCAAGUUCCGGGGAAGCGAGGGACGCCACAUCUCAGAUCCAUGGAACGAGUAAUGGCCGUGCGAUCUGUAUAAGAGCAUUGAUGACCCUCGAGAAGAAGUACUGUGCAAGGCUUUCCUUCCACCUUGGAAAACAUGACCAACUCUCCACACAAAUCCACGACGGACAUGGAUUCCAACAUGCUUCGACGAAGCCAACUAGAGGCUGACCUUGACAAAGGCACUGGUGUCUAUAUCGAGACAGAUAAGCAGACCAAUGACGCUCUGGAAUAUUUGACGCCGGAGCAGGAGGCCCUCCUAGGGCGAGCAAUGCGAAAGGUCGACCUGCGCUUGGUGCCCAUCCUGGGCGGCCUGUAUGUCUUCUCUCUGGUCGACCGAAACAACUUUGGAGGUGCACGUGUUGCUGGGCUGGACGAGGCGACGGAUCUGGAAGUGUCCAACAGGUCUUCCAUUGCCAUCUUGGUUUUCUACGUCGGCUAUGUCAUCUGGAUGCUCCCGUCAAACCUCGCUCUGCAGAGAGUUGGCCCUGCCAACUGGCUGUCUGCCCUGUGCGUUACUUGGGGAAUCGUCACGUUAUGUGUAGGCUUCGUCAGAGAUUGGAGAGUUCUCUCAGUGUUGAGAGUCGUGUUGGGUUGUGUGGAAGCGGUUCGUGCAGUCAAUGAACAUGGCCGGCAAAGAGCCGGUUGAAUUGAUACUCCAGGCAGUGCUGACAUUGCUAGGGCCUCUUUCCUGGUGCAAUAUACUUGCUGUCUUCUUGGUAUCGAAAGUACGACUAUCAGAAGAGGUAUGUCGACAAUAUGCCAGAUCAGACGGCACCGUGAUCCCAUGGGCUAACUCUGGCGACUUACGCAGAGCGGCCGGUUACUACUUGAUUGGGCAAAUGAUCUCAUCCUUCGGUAACAUCCUCGCGUACGGCUUGACUCAAAUUGCCCACAAUCCCGAGCGCGAUGGAUGGAAGUGGAUUUUCAUCGUAGAAGGGGCACUUACCAUCGGAUUUGGAGUCCUUGCAUGGUUUGUCAUACCAGAUAUGCCCUACAAUGUCGAAAAGAACAAAUGGUUGAGCACCGAAGAGAAGGAUGUAGUCAAGCAGAGCCUGCUAAAGGACCGUGGAGACUUUGAAGAAAGUAAGGUCACCUGGAAGGUUAUCAAGUCGAUUCUGAAAAGGCCACACAUGUGGGCAUUUGCAAUCCUUGCCCUAGCUGGCGCAGCUGGGUCGUACAGCUUCCUCCUAUUCCUGCCCAUCAUCUUCCGAAAAUCUCUUGGAUACUCGAUGCAGCUGUCCCUGAUUCUCACGGCACCUCCGGCGGCCUUCGCCACGAUGUACGCCUUUGGCUUGUCCUGGGCUUCAGACAAGAUUCGUUUGCGAGGAUACUUCGUUCUUGGGCAUUGCACCAUCACCAUCGUCGGUCUUUGCAUGAUAGCAUUCCCGUCAUCGGGCCCAACUCGUUUUGCUGGUUCCUUUCUGGGUCAGGCUGGAUGCAGUGCGAUGCUGAUCUCUGCAAACGCCUGGGGAAUGAACAACAUCAGGACAGAUGCAGAAAGGAAUGUUUAUUCUGCAUGGGUGACUGGUAUUUCUGCCAUCGGUGGCAUCUAUUCUGCCUUGGUGUUCCGGCAACAGGAUUCUCCAAGAUACGUCCCUGGUGUGGUUGCCGUGGGUGCCAUGGUUCUUUUCACGCUUAUCCUGGUUGCCCUGACCAUCAUCUGGAUGCGGUGGAUGAAUCGCAAGGCCGAUCAGGGCAAGCUCCUCAUUGAGGGAUCUAGAACCUUCAGGUACAUCAUUUGAUCCGUGUGACUGGUCCUCCAGCCUUAGCAAUUGCAAUGGAGAGAUGAAGAUUUGUAUGUUGGCGCAGACCAUAGAUGUGGAUGCUAGCAGGUGAUCGAUCCCUGCAUGCUAGACGUUAGUAGACUAUUUGAUGGAGGGCCUACGUUGAUCGCAAGGAAGUAUCAAUAGUAGUCGCAAUGCUCCAUGAAAGGGAAAUACAUGUCAUCCAGACCUACUAU